AUGAGCGGCUACUCACACUUCAACUCGCCCGAGCUGGGCUGGGUUGUACAAAAAUUCGGCGGGACAAGUGUUGGGAAAUUCCCUGACAAGGUUCGAGGUUCGAGUGAGAACCACAUCGCCUGUGAGCAGGAGAACCUCGACGCUAACUCAUUCUCGACGCAAAAGAUUGCGCAUGAUAUUGUCAGGGCAACCCUGUCAUGGAAUCGAGUAGUGGUAGUAUGUUCUGCGCGAAGCACGGGGAAAAAGGCCGAGGGCACCACCAGCCGUUUACUUGGCGUGUAUGCCAUGCUCAAGGCCGUCGGCGCCGCCACAAACGCCGAGGAGGAGCAGAUUGCCCACAUUGACGAUGCCAAGAUGCUCAUCAACGACAUUUGCAAAGACCACAUCGCCGCCGCGGAAGCAUACGUCAGCGAACCCGCACUACGCCAGAAGCUCGUGGCCCGUAUAGAGGUGGAGUGCCAGGAGCUCAUUGAGUAUAUCAUUGCGACUAAGAGAUUCAACCUCGAGAUCAAUGCGCGCUCCAAGGACCGCGUCAUUAGCUUUGGCGAGAAACUGGCCUGUCUCUCCAUGACGGCGGUGCUGCAAAACGGCGGUGUCGACGCGGAAUACGUAGAUCUCAGCGACGUGUUGCACUGUGAGGCCGCGGACCCUCUCGAUGCCAACUUCUACAAGACCGCAGUGGACGCCUUUCACAAGAAGCUCAGCACCUGCGGCACAAAGGUACCCGUCGUCACCGGCUUCUUUGGCAACGUACCCGGCAGCCUAAUCGACGGCGACAUUGGCCGUGGCUACACGGACCUGUGCGCUGCCCUCUGCGCCGUUAGCCUCAAAGCGGAGGAGCUGCAAAUCUGGAAGGAAGUCGACGGCAUCUUCACGGCCGAUCCAUCCAAGGUGCCCACGGCGCGCCUUCUCACCUCCAUCACGCCAUCGGAAGCCGCCGAGCUGACUUUUUACGGCUCCGAGGUCAUCCACCACCUCACCAUGGACCAGGUCAUCCGCGCCACGCCGCCGAUCCCGAUUCGCAUCAAAAACGUCAAGAACCCGCGCGGCACCGGCACCGUGGUCAUCCCGGACCCGAUCCUGUCCGCCUCGCACCAGCUACACCGCUCGCGGUCGCUGGCGCACCUCGCCGCCGCGCGCGGCGACGGGGGGCUGCCCAAGCCGCCGAAACGGCCGACGGCCGUGACCAUCAAGGACAAUAUCAGCGUCAUCAACGUGCACUCCAACAAGCGCUCCAUCUCGCACGGCUUCUUUGCGCGCGUCUUUUCCAUCCUCAACAAGCACAGCAUCUCGGUCGACCUUAUCUCCACGUCCGAGGUGCACGUCUCGCUCGCCAUCCACUCGGCCAGCACCCGCAUCGAGGCCUUUUCGAGCGCCAAGCAGAGCCUGGAGGAAUGCGGCGACGUGAGCGUGCUCUCGGACAUGGCCAUUCUCAGUCUGGUCGGCGCUGAUAUGAAGAACAUGGUCGGCGUCGCCGGCAAGAUGUUUUCCACGCUGGGCGAGCACAAUGUCAACUUGGAAAUGAUUUCUCAAGGUGCGAGCGAAAUCAAUAUCUCAUGCGUUAUUGAUGCCCGUGACGCCACCCGGGCAAUGAAUGUGUUGCAUACGCAUCUUUUUACAUUCUUAGACUAG